AUGUUUCAGACGAAAUUCCAAGAGCCGUUAAUCAGCGUGUACUAUAGCAUCGGCAGCCGUCCGCUGGAUAACUGGGCCGUUAAUCAGUUCAAAGAAGGAGAAAUGCAACAUGUCCAAGACGAUCUGCUAAAGUCCAAGGUGCUCCAGUUACAGUCGCCAAACGUGAACGCAUGUUGUAUAACAUGUCCGAUGAACCCCAAAAGUUCGCUCAGUGUUCGGCUGCCGUUCGUCACGUUAUUGGUGAAAAACCUCGAACGAUUUUUUACGUUCGAAAUUACGAUUUUGGACAGCGAAAACAUUCGCCGGCGUGUGCGCGUGAGCAAUUACCAUACGAUCAAAAAGCUGAGCACGUUCAUAGUCACGAUGCCGUUUUGCAUGAAUGAGGGUUGGAACCAACUGAACUUGAAUUUGGCUGCGAUCACAAGUGACUCUUUUAAGACGACUUACGUGGAGACGGUACGAGUCCAGGUUCACGCCAACUGUCGAUUGAGGAGAAUAUACUUUAGUGACCAGCAGUACAAGGACGAUCAGCUGCCGAACUCGUAUAGGUUGCACGGGUCCAAGGAUGUGCGAGAGAAACCGAAGAGCUUGCUGAGAAAAAAUUCGGCGGUCGUCGACAAAUAUUCGGCGGGCGACAAAUUGUAG